AUGACUACAAUUAAAGAGCCCUGCGUUCUUCUUUUCUUCACUCUCUUUCUCUCACUACAUCCAUUUGAAGUCAAAUCAUCACCAACAACACAAGCAGAAGCUCUUGUCAACUGGAAGAACACCCUUGCCGCAUCUCCUUCUUCUCUAAAUUCUUGGUCUCUAAGCAAUCUCAAAAACCUCUGCAACUGGACAGGAAUCCUCUGCACCACCACCGGUUCUGUCUCCAGCAUAAACCUCACCAAUGCAAACCUCACCGGAACCAUCGAAAGCUUUGACUUCACUCCCUUCCCAAACCUCACCGUUUUCAACCUCAACAACAACAAUCUCAAUGGGUCAAUUCCACCCAAUAUUGGUAACCUCUCAAGUCUCCAAUUCUUGGACUUGAGCAACAACAAUUUUGUCGAAGUGAUUCCAUUGGAGAUCGGAUUGUUGUUGGAGCUAGAGUACAUUAGUCUCUUCAACAACAAUCUAAAUGGGUCAGUCCCAUAUCAAGUUACCAAUCUCCACAAGGUAUGGCACUUAGACUUUGGAGCAAACUAUUUAGAAACACCUGAUUGGUCCAAUUUUUCGGGUAUGGAGUCUCUGUCAUACCUUAGCUUUUAUCUGAAUGAAUUCACUUUGGGAUUCCCUGAGUUUAUACCCAAAUGUUUGAGUUUGAAGUACCUUGACUUGUCGUUCAACCUAUUCAAUGGCCAAAUCCCUGAUUCGGUUUUCUCCCAGUUGGGAAAUCUUGAAUAUCUCAAUCUUACUGCUAAUUCAUUUUCAGGGCCACUGUCAUUGAACUUUUCCAAGCUUUCUAUGCUCAAAGCUCUUCGCUUGGGAAAUAACCAAUUCAGUGGUCAAAUUCCUGAGUUCAUUGGUUCACUUUCUGGUCUUCAAAUCAUUGAACUUUAUAACAACUCAUUUGAAGGCCCAAUUCCAUCUUCCAUGGGCCAACUUGGGAAUCUUCAACUUCUUGAUCUUAGAAUGAAUGCCUUGAAUUCCUCAAUCCCUUCGGAGCUUGGUUCUUGUACUAACCUUACCACCUUAGCUCUGGCCUUGAAUUCGCUUACAGGAGAUUUGCCUUUGUCCUUGUCAAACCUGAAGAGGAUAUCUAACUUGGCUUUAUCCGAUAACUUCUUUUUCAGUGAAAUUUCACCUUAUCUCUUUGCCAACUGGACCCAGCUGAUAAAUUUGUACCUUGAAAACAAUUCCUUCACUGGUAACAUUUCAUCUGAAAUCGGGCAAUUGACACAGCUCAAUUACCUUUUCCUUUACAGCAACCAGUUCUCUGGCUCUAUCCCACUGGAGAUUGGAGACUUGACAGAUUUGAUCGAAUUAGACCUUUCAAUAAAUCAACUCUCAGGUCCAAUUCCUCAUAGUAUUGGGAAUCUCAAAAAUCUCACACUGUUACAGCUCUUUUCCAACAAUCUCAGUGGAUCUAUUCCUCCAGAGAUUGGAAAUCUAAUUUCAUUGCAAGUUCUUAGUCUUGACACCAACGAACUGACUGGCGAAUUGCCGAACAACCUCUCCAGCCUUAAUAAUCUUCAGACACUCUCCUUGUAUGCCAACAAACUAUCAGGUACUAUCCCUAGUGACUUGGGGAAGAAUAGUCCUUCUUUGGCCAAUGUUAGCUUUUCUGAGAACAACUUUUCGGGUGAGCUACCACCCGGGUUAUGUAACGGUCUUGCUCUCCAGGAAUUGACAGUAAACAGAAACAGUUUCAAUGGGUCGUUGCCCAAAUGUUUGAAGAACUGCUCUGAACUAACUAGAGUCCGUCUUGAAUGGAACCAGUUUUCUGGAAACAUUUCUGAGGCGUUUGGAGUCUACCCGAAUCUUUACUUCAUCACUCUGAUGGGUAAUCUAUUUUCUGGUGGGCUCUCUCCACAGUGGGGAGAAUGUACAAAUCUCAGAAACAUGCAGUUUGAUGGGAAUAGAAUUUCUGGUGAAAUACCGGUUCAGUUAGGCAACUUGACCCGGUUAGGCAUCCUUAGCCUGAGCUCGAACGAAUUGACCGGUGAAAUUCCCCCCGAGUUGGGGAAUUUAAGCGGCCUGCUCAACCUCAAUCUGAGCAACAACCGUUUAACGGGAGAGAUUCCGCCGACUUUGGCUUACUUAACAGACCUUCAGCUUCUUGAUUUAUCGAAAAACGAGUUGAAUGGGACUGUUCCAAAUGAGAUUGGAAGCUGUCAGAGCUUAUUGAGCUUGAACUUGGGAAGUAACUAUUUAUCUGGAAGUAUCCCAACAGAGCUAGGCAACUUGAUUGCACUGCAGUAUCUUUUGGACCUCAGUAGCAAUUCAUUGUUAGGAACAAUUCCCCCUACCCUGGGAUAUCUUAUCUCAUUGGAGAAUCUCAAUUUAUCACACAACAAUCUCUCGGGUACUAUUCCUUCGGCCUUAACCAGCAUGGUUAGUUUACGGUCCAUUGAUUUCUCCCACAAUGAGUUGUCCGGUCCGGUUCCCUCGGGUAAAAUUUUCCAAAAUGCAUCGGGAGCUUACCUUGGAAAUUCAGGAUUGUGUGGAAAUGUAGAAGGAUUAUCCCCUUGUAAUGCAAAUUCCACAAGUGGGAUGUCGAAGAGGUUCGACAAAAAGGUUCUGAUUGGCGUCAUUUUCCCUGUUAUCGGCUUCUUAGUUUUGGUUGCUGUCAUUGUUGGAUGCCUCAUCCUUCGUAGGCCAUCGAAGCAACAUGAUGAACAGAUCGAAGCAACACUCAUGUGGGAAAGAGAAGGAAAAUUCACUUUUGGAGAUAUUGCAAAAGCCACGGAGGACUUCAACGAGACGUACUGCAUUGGGAAAGGAGGGUUCGGAACCGUUUACAAAGCGGUGUUGCCAAUGGGUCAAGCAGUGGCAGUAAAAAGGCUCAAUGUGACGGACUCAAAUGACAUUCCAUUGUUGAAUCGUUGGAGUUUUGAGAAUGAGAUUCGAACUCUAACAGAAGUUAGGCACCGAAAUAUCAUCAAGCUCUAUGGGUAUUGUUCCAUGAAAGGGUACUUGUACUUGGUUUAUGAGUACAUAGAGAGGGGCAGCUUGGGAAAAGUACUGUACAGUGAUGAUGGGGCAGUAGAACUAGGGUGGGGUACAAGGUUGAGCAUUGUUCAAGGAGUGGCUCAUGCUCUUGCUUAUUUGCACCAUGAUUGCUCUCCUCCUAUAGUCCAUCGGGACGUAUCAAUGAAUAACAUUCUGCUCGAAUCAGAGCUAAAGCCACGACUAUCAGAUUUUGGAACCGCGAGAUUGUUGAGCCCUGAUUCCUCUAACUGGACCUCGGUUGCUGGUCCUUACGGAUAUAUGGCUCCAGAGCUGGCACUUUCUAUGCGAGUCACAGAGAAAUGCGAUGUUUACAGCUUUGGAGUGGUUGCUCUGGAAGUACUGAUGGGAAGACAUCCAACCGAACUCUUGACUACUCUAUCAUCAUCAUUGUCAUCUAAUUACGAGGACUUAUUAUUGAAGGACGUGCUAGACCAACGCCUCCCCCCUCCGUCAAGUGAAAUGACAGCGGGAGUGGUGUUUGUUGUUUCGGUGGCCUUAGCAUGCACACAAGCAGCGCCAGAGACGCGGCCCACUAUGCAAUUCGUCGCACAGGAACUUUCUGCACGAACUCGGGCAUGCUUGUCUGAACCAUUGGACACUCUAAAAAUGAGCAAGAUACCAAGCCCUCGGAAGUAGAGUGACAACUUCAAAAGGAAAUAUACACGAUGUUAGUUGGAAAAUGAGGGUGUUAGGAAACAUUCUUAGGAAUGGUCUUUUUCAAGGGACUCUGUAUAUUCGCCCCCCUUCCCUACACAAAAAUUAUGGCUCCGUCUCUGAUCUUUUCAAAUAUGUGCAAUGUAGUUGAAUAACAGUGGUUUGUCUAAUAGUUGUUAGACA